GACGCUGCAGGUGAGCCGUCUGACUGUCCUCCUGUCUGUCUGUCUGUCUGACUGUCUGCUGCAGCAUCACUCCAGGAGCCGUCCUGCUGCUGCUGCUCUCAGCUGAAGUGGAAUAACAGAGAAAUCCAGAAAAUAAACUUCUGCUCGCUGCAGUGCAGACUGUGAUGUGACCAGCUCCGUCUUCUCUCCACAUCAGUGAAGAUCAGUCAGAGAUGGCAGCGGUUGUUCCUGCAGCCCUGCAGGCGUCAGGAGGGCUGAAGUCUCCUCUGAUCCUGAUGCUGAGCGUGCUCCUGCUGCUGUGGCUGCAGCCUGCACACUGCAGCACGGCUACAGAGCCUAAAGCCUGGAGGCAGACCGGACCACGGCUGCAGCUCUCCCACUCAGAUCUGAGGAACAGGUCAGCCGUCUUCUGGCAGGGCGGGGUCAGCGGCGGGUACCAGGCCCUGCUGCUGGACGAGGACCAGGGCUGGCUGCUGGUCGGAGGCAAAGACCACAUCUACCUGCUGAGGCCCGACAGCCUGGAUCUGCCCACACACACGAUCCACUGGCCGGCUGCCAGAGAACAUGUGGAGCACUGCAGGCUGGCAGGGAAGAGUCUGGAGACUGAAUGUGCCAACUUCGUGCGGCUGCUGCAGCCGUUCAAUAAGACUCAUGUUUAUGUGUGUGGAACCGGAGCCUUCCACCCACAGUGUACAUACCUGCACGUAGGACACAACACUCAGGAGCCGUUGUUCCUGUUGUCUCAUUUGGUGGAGUCGGGCAGAGGAAAAUGUCCCUUCAGCCCCAGAGAGCCUUUCACUGCUCGACUGACUGACGGUGAACUUUACGCAGGUACCUCAGUGGAUUUCAUGGGAGCCAACGCUGCGAUCUUCCGUACGUCUGUGCAGGGCAGCAGCCAGCACUACAUCCGCACUGAAGCCUACGAUCACAACUGGCUCAACGAGCCGGAGUUCGUGGGCUCCUUCUCCAUCCCCGACACUCACAGUCCUGACGACGAUAAGGUCUACUUCUUCCUGAAGGAGCAGGCGGUGGAGGCGGGACAGUGGGACAGGAGGGUGUACAGCCGCGUGGCUCGAGUCUGCAAGAAUGAUGUCGGGGGGAAAAGGAGUCUGAUAAACCGAUGGACGACCUUCCUGAAGGCCCGGCUGGUGUGUUCUGUCCCCGGUCCGUCUGGAGUGGACACACAGUUCGAUGAGCUCGAGGACAUCUUUGUUCUGGAGACGAAGGACCCUCAGAACCCGACGAUCUACGGCGUCUUCAGUACAUCCAGUUCUAUAUUUCGUGGUUCGGCAGUGUGUGUGUUCUCCAUGGCUUCUAUCCGAGCUGCUUUCAACGGGCCGUUCGCUCACAAAGAGGGCCCUGACUAUCGCUGGGUGGAGUACAAAGGCCGCAUCCCGUACCCCAGACCUGGCACUUGUCCCAGCGAGACGUACGACGCUCUCCACAAGUCCACUAAAGACUUCUCUGACGAGGUGGUGAGCUUCAUGCGGCAGCACCAGCUGAUGUGGGAGCCCGUCCUGCCUCUGGGCGGCAGACCCAUACUGACCCGGGUCAACGCGCCCUACAUGUUGAAGAGGGUGGUGGUGGACAGGGUGGACGCCGGGGACGGGCCGUACGAUGUUUUACACCUGGGCACAGAUGAUGGGAAGGUGGUGAAGGCCGUGUCAGUCAUCAAAGACAACUGGGACACAGAGGAGAUCAUUCUGGAGGAGCUCACAGUCUUCCAGAGUCCUUCUCCCAUCCUGAGCAUGGAGUUGUCCACAAAGAGAGAACAGCUGUACGUGUCCAGUGAGCUCGGCGUGGCCCAGCUGGGGCUGCAGAGGUGUGAGCUGUACGGGAGCGACUGCGCUGAGUGCUGCCUGGCCAGAGACCCGUACUGCUCCUGGGACGGACAGACCUGCUCCAGAUACUUCACCAGCAGCAAGAGGCGGGCGAGGAGACAGGAUGUAAAGUACGGAGACCCCUGGAGUCAGUGUCCAAUCACAGAGGACGAUUCCGACUCUGUAGAGGUGAAGGUGGUGUACGGUGUGGAGGGAAACUCCACCUUCCUGGAGUGUGUUCCUCGCUCUCCGCAGGCUGAGCUCAGGUGGACGAUGCAGCACACAGACAGCCAGCAGCAGACUCCCAGUCAGCUCCGUCAGAGCGAUGGCGACCGCUCCCUCCACAUGAAGCGAGGGUUGCUGGUUCAGCGCCUGGAGCUGUCUGACGUGGGCCUCUACACCUGCAGCAGCCACGAGCACUCCUACAGCCAGGUCCUGGCCCGAUACCGCGUCCACGUCAUCCCCAACCACAGCCUCCACCCGAGCCGCUACCAGCAGAGCCUCAGCCCCAACCAGCCGGCCGCCCACGGGCGGUUCGGCCCGUCCGGGGUAUCCGGGUUCCUCGGCCAGUCGGGGGCCCCUCAUCCACCGCCAGCUCCGGUGCCGGCACACAGGAACUCGUGGCUGCCUCAGAAUCCUCUUAAGAGCUACAAAGACCUGCAGAUGGUGGGGGCCAACAGUCUGAGCGUGGACGAGUACUGCGAGCAGCUGUGGUACCGCGAGAAACGCCGGCAGCAGAAGCUCCGCACGCUGAAGCUGAAACAGGAGAGCAGGAAAGCUCGGGUGAGGAGGAACAACCCUCCUGAGGUUCCCCUCUAGUCAGCUGAGGACUCAGAGACUGCUCAUGGACAACAGAUCCUGGACGUGCAGAGGACGAGGGAAGGUUUUAAUCUACAACGUCUGCAAAUAAAGCCAGCUGGUGAAGUGACAACAACUAUACCUGCUGUUAAAGACUGACAGUAAUAAAUAAAAAAGAUUACUAUCCUCAUCCUGAAUAUGUUGACAUUUAGACAAAACAAAACAGCAGAAAUAGAAAUGCAGAAAAAAUGUUUGCUCCUGAAUUUAUAUUAUUAGCAAUAUUCAUAAUUUCUCGGGACAUAGUCAGCUAAUAUAUCGCUCUAUAACAUAAAACUCAGACUUACAUGUUGGCAUCAGUCGUCUGAAUCACAGUGUGCAGAGUUUUAUGGGUGUAAACACAUUGAACCGUGCAUAUUGAUUAUUGACAUUUUACACAAAGUUUAAUUCUUUUAGUUUAAUCAGAUCAGGUUUUUUUCCUUACAUUAUAGAUUUUGUUCAAACUUUAAGCUGUUUGCAGCAAAAAAUAAAUAUGGUUUUUUUUUAAAUAUUUUGGCAGGAUUUUGACAAUUGCUUAGAUUUUGGGAGUUUUUUGACACUGCAUUUAGCCCAUGAAACAAAAACAACUUAGGCAGGAAGCCAGUUUUAAGUUUCAAACUAAACCUAUAACUCCUAGAGCUAUGAAAUUUGGAAGUAUAUUUUUUACUAUAUAUUUUUUGACCAUGGCCUUUUGGUUGUAAAGGAAAUACAGUUGGAUGGUUCCAUAUUUCCUAAACACAGUGUUUGAUUGAUGAUAAACUGAAUCUCAGGGGCUCUGCCUUAAAACAGAAUCUGGUAUAUAUUAACUAAACCAAGUCAAGGUUGAACUUUGAUUCCUUUUUGAGAUGCCAAGAUGAAGUCAGAUACCUUCUUAGGAGCAUAAAGAAAUUGGGUCUAUAUUUGGACAUUUAGUGUGUAAAGUAACAAGUUCCUCUCAUGUUGUCUUCAUGUUUAAAUUUAACAGUACGAGGCUUCAUAUAUAUAACCAACCAAGUAUAGACCUCAAUUGAGCAAUUAAAUUGAAAUGAUAACUCACAAUAAACUGUUAAAUUAAAUGCAAUUGCACAACAAGAGGUGCCUUUCUGCAAAUAAGUAAAUGUACAAUCAGUUGAGGAAUUUUCACCUUUUACAUCACUGUUUUUGUUACUUGGGUUAAAGCAUUAAUCUGCACCAUAUUAUUUCAGCUAUUCUUAUUCUUUCAAACAAUGCAAUUCUCAAAACACAUCUAAAACAUUUUACAGAACUUUUUUGUCUCAGAUAUCAUACGCAUAAAGUUUGAACAGAAUCUAAAACACUCCUGCACUGCACCAGAUAACUGAUGUGACAUUUGUUGCAAAGCUACAAAUUCUUCCUAAAGGACUGACUGAAGGUGAACAUGUAUCAGGAUCUCACACACACUGCAGACAGAAAUAUGUACACAAUAUAUUCACAGUAUAAGUUAAUGACAGAAGACUAAACAAGAGUUUGCCCAAUUUACUGCCACACAUCUAACAUAUAAUGUUUUUCUCUUAUGUAUUUAUGUUUGUUCCAUAAGACUUCAUACAUACCGGAUGGAUUUUUUUCGUUCUUCAGUGGAAACGCACACAUGAAAUGGACCUUGCUUGAAAAUACAAAAUGUAUAGCUUAUUAAUUCUGCUACGUAACUAAUAAUUAUUAUUCACUCCGAUGUAUAUUAAAGAACUCUAUUUUUGAUAGUUUUCUUUCAUUGUAUUUUUAGAAUUUAGUGUUUUUGCUCUGUGUUUAUACAAACUUGUGUUUCCUCUAAACAAAAUUGAGAAACUGUUUUUAACUUCACAACUCUAAUAAGCUUUAUGAUUAAAAAACUGAAUUGUUUUAUACUGUAUGUGAAUAAGCCACAAAAUGUUGUAAAAAUAAAACAUGAAAAACA